AUCGAUAUGUUCACUUACUUCCUACUGGUAACGACCCCAUUUUGGUUUUUAUUCUCCUCCAUUCCGGCUUCGGGCCAGAUUCUGCCUCCGUAUGCUGGCCGUUAUGGAGAGUGGCGGCUCCUCCACGAGAGCAUCGGCAUCUCCGCAAUGCACAUGCAGCUCCUCCACAACAACAAGGUCGUCAUGUUCGACCGGACCGACUUUGGCCGGUCCAACCUGUCCCUGCCCGGGAACCAAUGCCGGGACGACCCUCGCGAUACCGUCCUGAGGACUGACUGCACGGCCCACUCGAUACUCUACGACAUCAAGACCGAUACUUUCCGUCCCCUGAUGGUCCAUACCGACACCUGGUGCUCAUCCGGCGGAGUACUUCCUAAUGGAACAUUCGUCCAGACGGGCGGAUACAACGACGGUGACCAUGCUAUUCGCACGUUCGAACCUUGCGAUGACAACUCGUGUGACUGGGUCGAGCUCCAGAAUUAUCUGUCCCAGCGGAGAUGGUACGCGACAAAUCAGAUCCUGCCAGACGGUCGUAUAAUUAUUGUCGGUGGACGAAGGCAGUUCAACUACGAGUUUUACCCUAGACAAAAUCCUUCCUCCUCGGGUUCGAUUUGGCUUAAUUUCUUGCUCGAGACGAGAGAUGAUGCUGAGAACAAUUUGUACCCAUUCGUCCAUCUAUUGCCAGAUGGGAAUCUCUUCAUUUUCGCUAACACUCGUUCCAUAUCUCUUGACUACAAGAAGAACAUUGUGGUCAGACAAUUCCCUCAGAUGCCGGUCGAUGAUCCAAGAAACUACCCUAGCUCGGGCUCAUCCGUCUUGCUUCCUCUUGACGAGAACAAGUCCAUUGAAGUCGAGAUAUUAAUCUGCGGUGGCGCCCCACGAGGCUCAUAUGAACAGGCAGGGCAAGGAAACUUCAUGCGCGCUAGCUCGUCGUGCGGGCGGAUUAAGGCUACUGAUGGAAACCCUAGCUGGGUCAUGGAAGACAUGCCAACAGCAAGAGUGAUGGGGGACAUGCUCCUCCUCCCGACCAAAGAUGUCAUCAUAGUGAAUGGUGCGGAAUAUGGCACAGCAGGAUGGGAGUUCGGCCACUCCCCAGUGACUCGUCCCAUCAUUUACCGGCCAUACGGACUACCAGACUGGAGAUUCUCGGUAAUGUCACCGGCUUCUCGACCGAGACUCUACCACUCGUCGGCGAUUCUGAUCCUCGAUGGACGCAUAUUAGUUGGAGGUAGCAACCCCCACGUAUAUUACAACUUCACCAACGUUGAGUACCCCACGGACUUAAGCCUAGAAGCAUUCGCACCACCAUAUUUGUCAACCGAGUACGAUAGGAUACGGCCGAAGAUCAUAUCAGCACCCGCAAUCCUGAGACAUGGGCAGGCUUUCUCGCUCUCAUUCUAUGUUCCGGAAUAUCUGACGGCCGACGUCCUUUCAGUCAAUAUCAUUGCUCCAUCUUUUACUACUCAUUCUUUCUCGAUGAGCCAAAGAAUGGUAGUAUUGAAACUGGUUGGAGUGCUUAGGCUGUCAUCGGAUACGUAUAAUUUGACCACCGUCGGGCCAUCAACUGCAGAGAUUGCUCCACCGGGAUACUAUAUGCUGUUUGUGGUGCACGAAGGUAUACCAAGUGCGGGGUCUUGGGUGAACAUACAAUAAAUAGGGGAUUGUGCAGUGUAUUUGCUUUCG